CGGUGUGGAUUAGCGGAACAAGUUAUCUUUUAAGAUAGUACUUUAUAAGAGUGGGUAAAUUUUUGUUUUUGAGCGUACCGGAUCCUGAUUUCGCUCAUUAUCUAAAGAAAAAAUGUGUCAGGUGAUUUUAUCUUAUUCGCCUCCAAACGUGGUGUGUUCCAUACCUGACUUUUUAAACGAAUUCUAAUUUUAAAAUUGAAAUUUUUAUGAUAGCACAACAAAUUGCAUGUUUACCAACCGCAGAAUUACGCCCUACUUAACCUACCGCGGUUCUUUAAAUGUCAAGAUGACUGGGUAGGGUGUUGUCGCAAGUUUUUUUGCACCUGAAACGCUUGUUACUUAAAGUUGUUUUUUUAAAAAGCAUGCCGACAUAGACCGACAUUUAUCGGCAAAGACGAUUUGAAAAGUGUGCAGAAAAUGGCGAGUUACUACCGCGGAUUGCUUGACACCUUUUGGAGCCCCUACGUUUGGCUGCCUCCCAACACCACCUGGCUUGAUAUAGCUCCAGAUGCCGACCCCAAUGUCGCUCAUGCCGACUACCGACAUCUUUUGUAUCCUUUGCCGAUGGCUUUAGUAAUGCUAGUUUUGAGAUACUGCUUUGAAAAGUAUUGGUUUGCACCUGUUGGUAUUUCGUUAGGAAUAAAAAGUAGUAAACCUAAGAAUGCGCCCUAUAAUGAAGUUUUGGAAAAGGCCUAUGCCCAAUCAAAAAAAUGGAAACACAAACAGAUCCAGGGUUUAGCAAAGCAGUUAGAUAUGACAGAAAGGCAAGUUGAAAGGUGGCUGCGACUGAGGAAAGGCCAGAACAAGCCUUCUACUUUAACAAAGUUCUGUGAAAAUUCGUGGCGGUGUCUUUAUUAUAUAUGUAGCUUUUUGUAUGGCCUGCUUAUUUUAUGGGAUAAACCCUGGCUUUGGGAUAUUAAUGAAUGUUGGAAUGGGUUCCCACACCAAUCAGUUACGAGCGAUAUCUGGUGGUACUACAUGAUUUCGAUGUCGUUCUAUUGGUCAUUGUGUGUGUCGCAGUUCUUCGAUGUAAGACGGAAAGACUUCUGGCAAAUGUUCAUCCACCAUAUAGCUACUAUACUGCUGAUGUGCCUCUCGUGGGUAGUCAAUGUGUUUAGGAUAGGCAGUUUGGUGCUUGUGGUGCACGAUUGCGCUGACAUAUUCCUAGAAGCGGCCAAAAUGACCAAAUAUUCCGGCUAUCAAAAGCUCUGCGACACAAUAUUCGCCAUCUUCAUAGUACUGUGGAUAGUAACAAGACUAGGUUUCUAUCCAUUCUGGAUCAUAAAAAAUACUUCAAUAGACGCCCCGAAAAUAGUUCCGAUGUUUCCCGCUUAUUACAUUUUUAACGGGUUGCUGUGUUUGUUGUUGGUGUUGCAUAUGUUCUGGACAUACCUCAUCCUGAAACUAGCUUACAACUCGUUAAACGCCGGACAGAUGGAAGGCGACAUUCGCUCGAGCGACGAUUACAGCGAAGACUCAAAGUCUCAGUGAGAAAUUUUACAAAAAUUUUGUGAGUUCAAUCAGCUCGUUUACGAUGUCGUUAGCAAUGAAUAAUUUUAAGAUGGAAGCAUUUCAUCAUUUCGUCGCAACUCUGUUGCUGAUUUUCUUUUCAUAAAUUUUGUAAUGGAACGAUAAGUUGAUGUUUUUUAGAGGUAAAUACUGUUUUCAAAUCGGCCUUUAGAUUUUUGUUUGAUAACUCCAAACUCUAACCUUUUUUACUUAAAAAAUCGCACACAACAUCAUCUCAUCCUUACCGUGCUACUAAUGUUUUAUGUAAGAUUUGUUGUAAUCCUAGUUCUUAUUUAUCUUGAUUUGCACUACAUAAUUAACAUACAGAACUAAAUUCGUUGUAGUUCAGUUUGUUUCUUAAGGUCAAAAAUGAACCUCAGAAAAUAUAAAUUCUGAAUUAUUGAGUAAGCCAAGGAAAUCGAAACCUUCCAAGCUAAAUACAAAUCACUCAGCCCUUAUUGAGUUGUUCCGUGAAGUGCAAUUCAAGUUUUAGCUUGUUUUCUAGAGAAUAGUUAUUUUCUUUACUAUUGUUCUCACCAUUUAUAAAAGGAGUUAAUCAAUUUUGUUUAUGAAGUAAUAUCUCGUGCUACUAAGUCGCGAGAAAUAUUUUUAUACCGUGUAUUUGUAGCUUUAUUUCUGUAUAAUUUCUAAAGAAAAUCUAUAAAUCUAAGGAAAUUUGCUUUGUUUUUAUAUAUAGGGUGGUUCGGAAGAAUUGCAACCAAUUAAUACAGAAUAAAAGUUUCCAUGCCCUUGAAGAUAGGAACGAAACUGUACUAUAAUAAAAAAGUCAUAGUAUGGGCUUGUUAAUUGUUCCAAUACAUCCUCACCCUGUAUAUAUAUUUUAGUACCAUUUAUUAGAAUAAGAGGUAUGUUAGAGGUACCGAAAUGGAACCUGGAGACUCCAAAGAUUUAAAGUAAUUUCGCUUAUUUAUUUUGUGUACUUUAUUGAAAUACGUAUUUUUUGAAAACAAUACACUAAGUUUAAGCUCGAGACAUUCCGCGAUUAUACGAAAAUUCAUACACGUUAGUUGGAUCUGCAUGCCUUCAUUUACAUCACAAAUUUUUACUAUUGUUGGUUUAUGUGCAAAUUGUUUAAGGGCGCGUAACACAAUCGCAGACAGAAUGUGAAAGAUGUUUGUAAUAAAGUGUAAA